CGUGGCGUCGGGCUCCCGCCGCUCUCGGGGGCGCCGCCGUCGCACAGCUGGGGCGCCCGCUGUCCAGCAGCGAUGGCCCCCUGAGCGGGCCCGAGCGCGUAGCAGUGGGAGGGCGCCGCGGGCGGGCCCGGGGUCGGCGGGCGGAGGCCGGGCCGCGGCCUCUUUGUCUCCAGGGCGGCGGGCGCGUCCGCGGGGCUCGGGCGGAAGUCCCAACGCGCUCCCGGCGCUCCGGACAGAGCGGCCGCACCAUGAGCGACAUCCGCCACUCGCUGCUACGCCGGGACGCGCUAAGCGCCGCCAAGGAGGUGCUGUACCACCUGGACAUCUACUUCAGCAGCCAGCUGCAGAGCGCGCCACUGCCCAUCGUGGACAAGGGCCCCGUGGAGCUGCUCGAGGAGUUCGUGUUCCAGGUGCCCAAGGAGCGCGGCACGCAGCCCAAGAGAUUGAAUUCACUUCAGGAGCUCCAACUUCUUGAAAUCAUGUGCAAUUAUUUCCAGGAGCAAACCAAGGACUCUGUCCGGCAGAUUAUUUUCUCAUCCCUUUUCAGCCCCCAAGGGAACAAAGCUGAUGACGGCCGAAUGAGCCUGCUGGGAAAACUGGUCUCCAUGGCAGUGGCCGUGUGUCGGAUCCCAGUGUUGGAGUGUGCAGCCUCCUGGCUCCAGCGGACGCCGGUGGUCUACUGUGUGAGGUUAGCCAGGGCCCUCGUGGAUGACUACUGCUGUUUGGUGCCGGGAUCUGUUCAGACGCUGAAGCAGAUAUUCAGUGCCAGCCCCCGCUUCUGCUGCCAGUUCAUAACUUCCGUCACUGCGCUUUAUGACCUGUCAUCAGAUGAUCUCAUCCCACCUUUGGACUUGCUUGAAAUGACUGUCAACUGGAUUUUUGAGGACCCAAGGUUGAUUCUCAUCACUUUUUUAAAUACUCCAAUUGCCGCCAAUCUCCCGAUAGGAUUUUUAGAGCUCACCCCACUCACUGGAUUGAUCCGCUGGUGUGUGAAGGCCCCCCUGGCUUAUAAAAGGAAGAAGAAGCCCUCCUUGUCCAAUGGUCACGUCACUGCCAAAGUUAUAAAGGACUCGGGAGGGAUGGACAGAGACUCACACCUCUUGUUCUCAAAACUCCAUCUCAGCGUCCUGCAGGUUCUCAUGAUGCUCCAGGUGCAUUUGACUGAAAAGAAUCUCUAUGGGCGCCUGGGGCUGAUCCUGUUUGACCACAUGGUCCCACUGGUGGAGGAGAUCAACAGAUUGGCAGAUGAACUGAACCCCCUCAACGCCUCCCAGGAGAUCGAGCUCGCUCUGGACCGGCUCGCUCAGGCUUUGCAGGUGGCCAUGUCCUCUGGAGCCCUGCUGUGCACUAGAGUGCUUGAGCUCUUCCAGGAGACUGAUCUGGUGCUGAAGACACACUUGUCUGUGUCUUUUCCUGUUGGCUCACAGAAGUUGGCUGUGGCCCCGAGUGGUGUGACUGCUGAUGACCUGAGAACCCUGUGCUCCAGGCUGCCCCAUAAUAACCUGCUCCAGCUGGUGAUCUCGGGCCCAGUGCAGCAGUCGCCACACGCAGCACUCCCCCCUGGGUUCUACCCUCACAUCCACACGCCCCCGCUAGGCUACGGGGCUGUGCCAGCCCACCCCGCUGCCCACCCUGCGCUGCCCACACACCCCGGACACACCUUCAUCUCAGGCAUGACGUUUCCAUUCAGGCCCAUCCGCUAGGCCGGCCCCUAUGCACCCUGAGUGGCAGCCUGCCUUGUGCGCCUGGGUUGGAGGAAGCCUUGCAGAGAAAGGGAGACUGGCCCCAUAGGUGAGGACCUUUGGGAGGCAGCAGGUGGCUCCUCCUCACUGGCAGAACCUUCUUGGUGCAGAAGUUGGGCCUUGCAGGCUGGGUACCUCCUGCGCAGUCACGGUCAUAGGAGUCCCGCUUGGAUGGGUGGAAGGAAGAGCAUCUGGGGCUCUUGAGUGAUGCCAGGCCCGUGCACCUGGGGCAUCGCGUGUCACUGCAGACAGCACCCCAGGCCUGUGCCCAGAGCCUUGUGAGAAGCAGCAUUUGCCAGUCCCCUUGUCUGGCUUCUUUCUCGUGACUGUGAUAUGUCCCUGCCAGCAAACAGGCUGCUUUGAUAGCUCCGUGAGCUCCAAGCUGAGGUGGUGACGCAGGCCUACACACAGCACUUGGCGCCGUUGCAGGAAUCCUGUGCGGUGGCCCCCCCGCCACUGAGAAGAGGAACCUCUCUCUUUUAUUGGGGUCUCUAAAUUUUCCUUUCAUAUUUUCAAAUAAAGUUUUUCUAAACAA